AUGGCAGACGAGAAUGACUACUAUUCGGACGACCUCCAAGGCGACGAGGGUUUCAUCACUGAUCUCAGCGAUCAAGAUGGAUACGGCAGCGAACGCGGUGGUCGGGAACAGGAGUUCAACGAGGCAGAUGCGCCAGACAAGGAAGAGAUCCGUGAUGCCGCCCGAGAUCUCUGUAUGCAGAUCGGUCAAUACGACUAUGGCGAGGAUGGCGAGGUUAAGGACGACGACAAGAUCUACACGCGAUGGAAGCGCGGUCCACGGGCGCUAGGAGCUCUGCGCUCGCUCCGAAAGCUUUGGAAGCUAGACGACGAGGACCCGACAAGGAAGGUAGCGCGUGCCUUUGCCGACAAUGAGGUGCUCGAGAACUUCAUCGUGCCCGCGCUGCUCGAAAGCGCCGGUCAGGGCAAGGAAGGGGAUGCCAUCGCUCUCGCAUGCACCGAUCUGCUCACUGCCAUGACCUGGCCAUUCGACGCUGUGGCCGAGCUGCGCGAGCAAGAGAAGCAAGGCUUCGAAUCCGACGAUCUCGGCGAGAUCACAAGGCUGGACCAGCGACUGAUCAACUACAAGGCCGUCAUCCUGCGAAGCGAAUCGCUCGACAAGAUGCACGACGUGCUCGGAGUCAUCAUGCGGUACCUGUUGCUGCCCAACUUGGCGACAAAGCAACAUCAACGGUCGAGUCUCGUUACUGGCAUCAUCGGCAUGUGCCUUCACUUCUUCCGCAACUUGCUCGCCAUCCGCGAUCCUGUCACCACCAGUCUUAGCAGCGUAGCUCAGCUGUCCACCGCCAAUCUUCAAAGCAAACUCAUUCUAGCCAUGCAAAAGCACUACAUCCUCGACACGCUGCUCAUGCUCGCCAGCAGCGCCGAAACACUCAACUUCAACGCGUGGAACGCCAUCACUUCCGAAUGCAUCUUCCACAUCUUUGUCGGCACCAAGGUCAAGGAGAUUGCUGAUCUGACCGGAUCCACCUGCAAGGACGGCAGCGCAGCUGGCUCUUCGUCCAGAUCGACCGCAAGUGCCUCGAAACAAAGCAAUCUCUUGGCGGACAGUCUUGCGACAGAGGCCAAGAUGAAGCGUGCUUCUGCCUUGGGCAAGGUCCCAACUCGUCAUUCACGUUUCGGCACCACCAUCAACUUCAUCGGUCCCGAUGGCGAGCGCCGCGUCGCUCGUAACCAAUCCGCGCUCGUCAAGCCAGUUGCACAGCUUGCUGAGGAGGCGAUGCACAAGGGAAGGCGACGGGCACAGCGUCGCAAAGACGCGCAAGAAAGAGGCGCACCUAAGCUGAAAGUCAGUUGGGACCCGGAAGCCGCCCUCGUGUUGCAAGACUUCGCCGACACAUUCGUCCAGUCAGCAUUCGAGUCUUUGGCCAAGUCGAUCCUCAAAGACAUUCGGUCUGAACGAGACAAGCUGGGCGACUUGGACAUCGCACGGAUUCGCAUCAUGCAGCUCGGUGCUUUCUUCCUCGAGUACUUCCUUUCGCGGCGCGCCUCAGCUGCGGCACGUCGCAAAGAAAGCCACACAGCAACGACACCGCGAAACGCAUCGACACAAGACACAUUGGCUCUUCUCGAGCCGGAACAGCAGCAAGAACAACCUCACGGGACCGAACAGCAAGCGGAGGAAGCAAAGGACGACUGGCCUUUCGAGCUGGUCAGUCAAUGGCUGGAACCGUGGGCGUUCCGCAUGGUCCUGGUCCGCACGAUCCAAGCGCAAGAGUCGAAGGGGUGGCUCGAAUUCGUUGCCUCGGUCCAGCUCUGGAUCGUGUUGCUACGACUCGUCGACGAGCUCGCCAGCAGCAAGAAGGAGGCCGAACGGGAUGUUGCCGAAGGGCUGCAGGCCGAGUUCUACUACAUGAGCGAAACGCUCGACGCCUGCCACGCCAUUGUGCGUUCCUACACAUCGCAGAGCUUCGCCUUCCUCGAUACCGUCGUCAACUUCGCCUACGUGAUGCCUAAGAUGCUCGAGCGCUACGCGUCGAAUCGCGACCACAUGUACGUGCAGGCAAAAAAGCACGUCCGUCGCUCGCGACAGGAGGGCGAUCUCGAUGCCGACGAGGAUGAAGCAAGGCAGAUCAAAGAGCAGGUGCAAGAGACACGAUCCGAGCGCGAGUUCCGCUUUGCCGACUUCCAGCGCAAGCUUGCUACCAAGCAGCUGGCCAAGGCUUGCAUCGACUACCUGGCACGCUGGCAAGACUACACGGACAUGGAGGAGCAGCUCAACAAGCUGGUCACCGUGAUGCACCGAAUCGCGAUCAAGGCCAACGACUACCGACAAUUCUUCCUGUCCGGUCACCGCGCUGCGCUGCGCAAGGUGAUAAGCGGCGAUGCGAUCAGGAUUCUCGAAGCGCGUGCUCCGACCUCGGCGCCCAACCUCAAGAAGCUCAUGGAUUACAUCCUGCGCAAGUUCAGUAAGCUGAGCCCGGAAGAGCAGUCGAUCUACGACACGGGCAAGAGGCCACCUCGUCAGCCCAAACCACCAAAGGUGCCCGCCGAGAUCGCGGUUCGACCAGGCAUGUCGCGCGAAGAGGAGAUCGGCGUCGCCGUCGGCCUGCUGCUCAAGAAGGAAAAGAUGCAGGCGGUGCUGUGGGUCAAGUCGGCCUUGGAAAUGGCGAGCGCAUUGCGCACCGAGCUGCUCGUACGACAUGAGGAAGAAGCGGCGCAGCGAUCCCUUGAGGACCCCAGCUCGAUUCUGGACCAGGAUGGUCAAGAGGGCGAGAUGCUGCUUGGCGAAUUCGAGAAGCAGAACGAGUCGCCGGUCGAACACUUCCAGGCUUUCGAGCUGGCCUACCGCGGCAACGACGAACUUCGCAUGGAUGCAUCGCUGCUGCCUGAACUCAAGCUGCUCUGUCGUCUCGUCGGUCUCGAGGCCAACGAAGACGAGCUGGUUAACUGGAGGUGGUCGGUACCCAAAGAGAUCCUUCCUACUCACCUCGACGACAAGAUCGACGCCAUCGAGCGCUUCAUUCGCGAGCCGCUCGACACGCACGGCAGGGAGCUCACCGCACUUGUGAUGCGAGUCCGCAAGGCACGUGUUGGCGCGGAUGGCGAUGCUGACGUUCUCAAUCCAGCCGAUCUUCCUAGCGGCUGGAAUGGCGAACAGAGCGACUCGGACGGGGACGGCGACUACUUUGACCGUGUCCGUGCCAACAGGAGCCUGGUCGAGAGUGGAAGCGCCGCCGCUGACGGAGGCCUGCUUCGCAGCAGUGGAGGCAAGAAAUUCAAGUCUGCAACCAAGAAGGGAGGCUCCAGGAAGCAGAAGAGAAGGAUGCAGCAAGACUUCAUCAACGACAGCGACGACGAGUUUGCUUUCGCCAUGGGCGAUCUGCAGGAAACUCAAGGCCAACAGGAGAAUGCUGCGGACAGCUCUGACGAGGAGGGCGGUCAUCAGGAUCACGACGAUGAUAUGGAGCGCGCAGAGACGCCGUCGACUAGCCCAGUUGCUAACAUGGAAGAGGGGGACGAGGAGGAGGACGGCAAGCUGAACGCGCUUCAAGCCUUGCGCGCUGCCAAGAAGCAACGCAACAAGGCCAGUGCCAAAGCAGCAACGCAGCCUCUGCAGGACGCUAGCGAGCGUACCAACCGCCGCGUCGAUACCAAGCGACUCUUCCUCGCCGACAGCGACGAUGAUGAGGACGACGUGCUCGCAUUGCCAUCGCAGGAGUCCGUUGCCGAUGCAGCCGCUUCUGCCAAGUUUGGCUCGAUGAGCGGCAACACAACAGGACUCGUCAAGAAGCGCAGACUGGCGAUUCUCGAUGACGAGGACGAAGACGAGGAGUGA